AUGUCUUCUCAAACACCACCACCCACCAUGCGCGCCUGGAUCUUCUCCUCUCGCGGUCCACCUCGCCGCGUCUUAAUCCUCGCUCCCUCCCACCCAACUCCCUCCGCACCCACAGGCUCCAGCCUCCUAAUCCGCAUCUCCCACGCAGCACUCAACCCCGCGGGCCCCGUCCUCAUGACCCUCUUCCCCUCCUUCGUCCGCCCAAAGUUCUCGAUUCCCGAUCUCGACUUCUCAGGCACCGUGCUCCAAUGUGGGCCUUCCGCUCCCUCAAAAUACAAACUUGGGACGAGAGUGUUCGGCUCAUUGAUACCUGCGAAAGCGGUGCUGAGUGGGAAGGGAGUACUGGCGGAGUAUAUAGUUGUUGAUGAGGAGACGGCUCCUAUGGGUGUUGUGCCGGAUGGGAUGGAGAUGAGUGAUGCAGCGGGACUGGGGAGUUGUGGGCAGACGGCUAUGUUUUUGUGUCGGAGGGCUGGGGUGAAGGAGGGCGAUAGAGUGCUGGUUAAUGGGGCAAGUGGUGGAGUGGGAACGAUGACUGUGCAGGUUGCGAAGGCGAUGGGAGCGAGUUUCGUGGUGGGUGUUUGUUCGGGGAGGAAUGAGGAUAUUGUUAAAAAUAUUGGGGCUGAUGACGUUGUGGAUUAUCAAACCCAUCAACCGGUGCAUGAAUAUCUUGCCAGGAAGUAUGGAGAGCAGCAGUUUGAUGUCAUUCUUGAUACUGUCGGCUCGCAAGGGCUAUAUGAAAACAGUCCAAGGCACCUCAAGAUACAGGGGAUAUUUGUGAACGUCGGAAGUAUGGAAGGCCUGAUUUGGACCGUUUGGUGCUGGCUCAAGAAUACUUGGUGGCCUUCGUUUCUUGGUGGCGUUCCGAGGAAAUACUGUAUGUUUAGCACCGUUUUUAACCAAAAGACGGCAGACCUAGUGGCCAAGCAUGCGACUGAGGGAAAAUUGAAGGCGGUGGUGAGUGAAGUAUUGGAGAUGGAGGAUGCGCUCAAGGUAUGUGGACGAACUCUUCUGUUGGAUGAUGCUGACGGUGUCUCGAUAAGGGCUACGACAUCAUCAUGA